AUGGAAGAAGAAACCCAUAAUCCAGCGGACUCCGACCUCGACCUCAGUUUCACCAGCUGUACCACCACCACCACCGACCGGACUUUCAGUGCCCGGAGCAGUCUUGCAAGAAGCAGCCUCACUCUCAGCUUCAACGAGUCCCGUCUUUCGUCCACUUCAAAUCCCACUUCUUCAUCCACCUCCAUCCCCAACCUCCACCGUCGUGCCCACCGCCGACAUGAUCCCAACUGGGCUGCCAUCAAAGCUGCCACCACGCUCUCCUCCGAUGGAGCACUCCACCUCCGCCACCUCAAGCUCCUCCGCCUAGUCGGGUCCGGAAACCUCGGCCGCGUCUUCCUCUGCCGUCUCCGUGACUACGAUCACGCUAACUUCGCCCUUAAGGUCGUCGAUCGAGACUCCCUCACGUCUAAAAAACUCUCCCAUGUCCAGACCGAGGCCGAAAUCCUUUCCUCCCUCGACCACCCUUUUCUCCCUACGCUCUAUGCCCAUUUGGAAGUCUCCCACUACACUUGCCUCCUGAUUGAUUACUGUCCUAACGGUGAUCUACAUUCCUUGCUCCGCAAGCAACCGAAUAACCGGCUACCCGUUGAUGCGGUCAGGUUCUACGCAGCUGAAGUAUUAGUAGCCCUUGAAUACUUGCACGCACUCGGGAUUGUUUAUCGUGAUUUGAAGCCAGAAAACAUUCUAAUCCGCGAAAAUGGCCAUAUCAUGUUAUCCGAUUUUGAUUUAUGUUUUAAAUCUGAUAUUUCACCAAAAUUGGAAAGUAGGACCCACGUUAAUCCGGGAACCACCAGGAAACGCCAUAGAAGAAGAACAUGCAAUUGUUUCGAUGGACGACAUCAACGGCAAGAAACGGUUAUGGAAUUCGUCGCGGAGCCAACGACGGCGUUUUCGAGAUCCUGCGUUGGGACGCAUGAAUAUUUGGCUCCAGAGCUAGUUAGUGGAAGCGGCCACGGUAACGGAGUGGACUGGUGGGCGUUUGGGGUGUUGAUAUACGAGCUUUUGAGCGGUACGACACCGUUCAAAGGUGGCAGUAAAGAGUCAACCCUGCGCAAUAUAGCGUCGACCAAAGGGGUGAGGUUUUACGUGGACGAGAGAGAGAGGGAGGAGGCAGGAAUGGCUGAGGCAAGGGACUUGAUAGAGAGGUUGUUGGUGAAGGAUCCGCGGAAGAGGCUAGGGUGCGCCAGGGGUGCGACGGAUAUUAAACGGCACCCGUUUUUUCACGGAGUUAAGUGGCCGUUGAUCCGGGCAUACCGGCCGCCGGAGCUACGUGGGCUGGCGGUGAAGAGGAGUAAGAGUAAACCGCACGCGAGUCACGUGAGCGGACUGUCAUCCUCCCCUAGAAGGCGGCGUUGCUGGUGGAAGAGGCUGUGUAAUUAUAUGAGGAUUAAGGGGUCUAAGUACAGUUUAAAGUCUAAUCAGAACUAUUACUGUUAUGUGAAUAAUAAGGUUAGAAAAUGUGUUUGAGAUGAUGGAUCAUUAGUACUCUUUUGUUGCUUCAAAUCUUACAAUUUUUUUUUUUAAUUCUUGUCUGUUUUUUAGGAUUUUUUAGAUAUACUUUGAACUUGUUUUGUCAAAGUACGGGGGUGAGAGAAUAGAUGAGUUUUGUUGGAGAUGAGAUUUCUUGAGUUAGUUCAGAGAUUUGUAAAUGAAAGUGUACGUACACUAAUGAAUAAACGUUCGAUGUUCAUCA